UAGAUGAAUUCAUAAUUCUUUGAUUUUAACAGAUUAGGAAGAAGCUUCUUCUGAAGCAAGCUGCAAUGGACAAGUCAGAAAAGGCCAAGAAGCUGAGAGAACAGAGGAAAUAUGGCAAAAAGGUUCAAACACAGGUGAUUCAGAGCAGGCAGAAGCAGAAGAAAGCAAUGCUGUCAGCUGUAAAGAAGUAUCAGAAAGGAAUGACAGAUAAAUUGGACUUCUUGGAAGGAGAUCAAGAUCAGAAACCCAAAGGAUCAGCAGCAAAAAAGCAAGUAAACAAAAAAGGGUAAGCGAUGACACUAUAU